AUGGGCUUGUCCUUGUCCUGCUCGGAGGCGGAGGGUUCAAGUCCAUACUGGGGAAACGGCAACAGCGCGCCACGACUGAACUUCGGAGCUCGUACGGCAGGGCGUUGUGCAGAGUCGUCCACCGAUGUCGAGGCGAGAGAUACCUUGCAAAGGCUAGAGGUGAGUCAUAUCCCAGCAUGAGGUCGGGCGACCACCUCCAGUGCUUAUGCCAGGGCUGAUUGUGAUCUUCCCAAAUUCCUGCCCACCGUCCAAUCCAAGGUCCUGGAUCAUUCCGGUCGGGCCAUGUCCACAGUGUCUGGCGAGGAUCGGUACGGCCCACAAGUUCCAGAUCGAAACAAGAGGUCUAUUCAGGCCCCUUCGACCCUCCUGCGCGACGGCUCGAGCGAGCAUCGGCCCGCGACAUCGCGCAAGAGGGUAAGCGCCGUCGCUGGAUCCCCAGGUCGGACGUCAGAUCACUUGUCGAGCUGACAGAGUCCGCCCUGCCUAGCGGGCAUUGACACGUGAAAAAGCGAUGGAUGGAGAGCUGAAUCUGUUUCAUCGCCCGUUGCAUUCACGGCAGAGGCCCGGUCUGGACGGCCAAAUUGGCGCUCGUCGAGCCACCCUAGCAAAGGCAGUCAACCCUGAUCUGCGGUGUCUCGGCGAUCUCCUGUGCCGCGAACCGACAGUUCCUAUCCUCGUAGCCGAAGUCACCCCUUUUCAUCGUCUCCCCCCAAUGUUGCAGCAUACACAGCUUUUUCGACGGACCACUCCGUGGAUUGAUGUUUUUGCGCUGCCCCGCAUGCACGAUCACAACGACCUCAGUACAAGAUCUCGCUACUCUGAAGAAGAAGCUCCUCGAUUCGUCACGGAGCUUCACCACAUCGAGUCGCCUACUCAUGAUCACUGGAGGGAUUUCAUCUUGCUUCCUCAAAAACAGACUCAUUUGCAUCCCGCCGCGUUCGCAUCUGCCGAUAGGAAACAAUGGGAUGAAGCAUUUUCACCCGACUCCUUGCUUGGUUUCGAUGCGCCAAUCAGGAGUGUGUCGGCACCGCUGCCUGGUCAUUUUUUCAGUACCUCUGCCGAAUCAACCAGGCAUGGCGGACUGGGUCAGGCGACGCAGGCCCACGACCACGGCCAACCGUUUUCGGCGCACCUGCCCGCUCUCCCGUCAAGCGCAAUGGGGUGUGCAGCCGGAAUAGAGUUAGAUCCGGAGGAACCGGAGCCUUUCUCACUGGCAGCCUUGCAACACGACUUGGAUUUGCGAUUGCUGUGA